UUCCACUAAACAACAAGUGUGUUGCAAUAUUUAUGUGUUUUAACAGAAACAUUUUUUUUUUCAAAUUAAUAUGACCAGACGUAGCAAAAACGUGGGAUCUGGACGUGUUUAUUCUUACAAUGAGAAGCAAAACGAUUCCAAACUUAAUGGUUAUGGAACAACUGAAAACAGAAUUGGUAAAGAUUCAGUUAAAGAUUUCGAUUGCUGCUGUUUGACAUUGCAACCAUGCCGCUACCCGGUAAUUACGCCCGAUGGCUAUCUUUAUGAUAAAGAAGCUAUAUUAGAAUACAUGAUACAUCAGAAGAUGAAGAUAGCUAAGCAGAUGAGGGAAUAUGAAAAACAGAAGAAAAGACACGAAAAAGAAAUGGCGGAAUUGGCAAAAGCCGAAGAAAGAUCUCGAGAACAAAAGUUUAUAAAAAUGGAAAGUAGCAUUAUGUCAGGCCGAAUCGCCUUAGAGUCUUCGAUUUCUGUAUCAACUUCUAAGGUUUCGAAUACAGCCAACGGACAAGAAACAGUGAUGCCUAGUUUCUGGAUACCAAGUUUAACUCCGAAUGCUGAGAAGACAAAAACGAAAAAACCGGGAAAAGCUGUUCUGUGCCCGAUGAGUGGCAAGCCACUGAAAAUAAAAGAUCUCGUUCCAGUUAAAUUUACUGAAGUAAAAACUCCUCAUGAGAGGAAAUCUCUAAUGUCCAGAAAUGUUCGAUACAUGUGUGCCGUGACUCAUGAUGUACUUGGGAAUUCUGUUCCUGUAGCUGUUUUGCGCACUUCUGGAAAUGUGGUGACCAUGGAAUGUGUCACAAAACUGAUUAAAAAAGAUAUGAUUGACCCGACAAAUGGAAUGAAGCUGACUGAUGGUGAUAUAAUCCAAUUCCAAAGAGGAGGAACUGGUUAUGCUAGUACUAAUAAUAAGUUAAAUGUGAAACUUGAGACACCUGCUAUGAUGGCAUAAAAAAUCGGACUUUUUUUAUUGGAGAUAUUUUUUUUCCUGGAAAAAAUGUGUAUGGGUCUAGUCUACAUGAAAUAUUGAUCUGAACUUAUUUCUUACUGACAAACUGUCCUGUUUAAAAUAACGAUUAAACCAGUAGUAUAAUUAUAGGGUGAUAGGAUUGGUAAGGUCAAACCGUGAUGUUGUAAUUACAUAGGAAUAUAAACACCGCCACUCUACAGUUCUCCAAGAUUGAAAAUUUGACCUUCUUCUCCUCAUGUAUUUGCUAGAGGUCUCAUGAAAUAUUGCUAGAGGCCCAUGUUGUCUAAUUGAGAUAUUGGAAUUAAGCAAUUUUCUAUGAUGAUGAAACAUCUGGAAUUUCGUUGGAGUUUCUUUGUUCCUGUGCUUCCUUGUAUGGUAUGUUUUUCAUUUCUAUGCUGAGCAAAACACUAUGAUUAAUAUAAUUGUAGAAUAAAAUUAAAUAUCUAAAAAUUUUUAGAAGAAU